UCCGGGAAACCCCGCGUGCUGCCGGGAUCGCGUCUCUGUGCAUGAGGGGGGGAGGGGGUGGCGCGCGCGCCAUUUCUAGUCGUUUUCAAAGCGCCUCGCGCUGAUUCUCACGGGCCCGGCCGCCGGCCUCUGCUCUGCUCGGCAGCAUAUUAAAAUGGCUAAUCAGGUGAAUGGUAAUGCGGUACAGUUAAAAGAAGAGGAAGAACCAAUGGAUACUUCCAGUGUAACUCACACAGAACACUACAAGACACUGAUAGAGGCAGGCCUCCCACAGAAGGUGGCAGAAAGACUUGAUGAAAUAUUUCAGACAGGAUUGGUAGCUUAUGUCGAUCUUGAUGAAAGAGCAAUUGAUGCUCUCAGGGAAUUUAAUGAAGAAGGAGCUCUGUCUGUACUACAGCAGUUCAAAGAAAGUGACUUAUCACAUGUUCAGAACAAAAGUGCAUUUUUAUGUGGAGUUAUGAAGACCUAUAGGCAAAGAGAGAAACAGGGGAGCAAGGUGCAAGAGUCUACAAAGGGACCUGAUGAAGCAAAGAUCAAGGCCUUGCUUGAAAGGACUGGUUAUACUCUGGAUGUAACCACAGGACAGAGGAAGUAUGGUGGUCCUCCACCAGACAGUGUGUACUCUGGCGUGCAACCUGGAAUUGGAACAGAGGUCUUUGUAGGUAAAAUACCAAGAGAUUUGUAUGAGGAUGAGUUGGUGCCCCUUUUUGAGAAGGCUGGUCCCAUUUGGGAUCUACGUCUUAUGAUGGAUCCACUGUCUGGUCAGAACAGAGGGUAUGCAUUUAUCACCUUCUGUGGAAAGGAAGCUGCACAGGAAGCUGUUAAACUGUGUGACAGCUAUGAAAUUCGCCCUGGUAAACACCUUGGAGUGUGCAUUUCUGUGGCAAACAACAGACUUUUUGUUGGGUCCAUUCCGAAGAAUAAGACUAAAGAAAACAUUCUGGAAGAAUUCAGUAAAGUCACAGGUUUAACAGAGGGUUUGGUGGACGUUAUUCUGUAUCAUCAACCCGAUGACAAAAAGAAGAAUCGGGGGUUCUGCUUCCUUGAAUAUGAGGAUCACAAGUCAGCAGCACAAGCCAGACGCCGGCUGAUGAGUGGAAAAGUAAAAGUGUGGGGAAAUGUAGUUACAGUUGAAUGGGCUGACCCUGUGGAAGAACCAGAUCCAGAAGUCAUGGCUAAGGUGAAAGUUUUAUUUGUGAGAAACUUGGCUACUACGGUGACAGAAGAAAUAUUGGAAAAAUCAUUUUCUGAAUUUGGAAAACUUGAAAGAGUGAAGAAGUUGAAAGAUUAUGCAUUUGUUCAUUUUGAAGACAGAGGAGCAGCUGUUAAGGCUAUGGAUGAAAUGAAUGGCAAAGAAAUAGAAGGGGAAGAAAUUGAAAUAGUCUUAGCCAAGCCACCAGACAAGAAAAGGAAAGAACGCCAAGCUGCUAGACAGGCCUCCAGAAGCACUGCGUAUGAAGAUUAUUACUACCACCCUCCUCCUCGAAUGCCACCUCCAAUUAGAGGUCGGGGUCGUGGUGGGGGGAGAGGUGGAUAUGGCUACCCUCCAGAUUACUAUGGCUAUGAAGAUUACUAUGAUGAUUACUAUGGUUAUGAUUAUCACGACUAUCGUGGAGGCUAUGAAGAUCCCUACUACGGCUAUGAUGAUGGCUAUGCAGUAAGAGGAAGAGGAGGAGGAAGGGGAGGGCGAGGUGCUCCACCACCACCAAGGGGGCGGGGAGCACCACCUCCAAGAGGUAGAGCUGGCUAUUCACAGAGGGGGGCACCUUUGGGACCACCAAGAGGCUCUAGGGGUGGCAGAGGGGGUCCUGCACAACAGCAGAGAGGCCGUGGUUCCCGUGGAUCUCGGGGCAAUCGUGGGGGAAAUGUAGGAGGCAAGAGAAAGGCAGAUGGGUACAACCAGCCUGAUUCCAAGCGUCGUCAGACCAACAACCAACAGAACUGGGGUUCACAACCCAUCGCUCAGCAGCCGCUUCAGCAAGGUGGUGACUAUUCUGGUAACUAUGGUUACAAUAAUGACAACCAGGAAUUUUAUCAGGAUACUUAUGGGCAACAGUGGAAAUAGACAAGUGAGGGCUUGAAAAUGAUAUUGGCAAGAUAUGAUUGGCUCUAGAUCUACAUUCUUCAAAAAAAUUGGCUUAACUGUUUCAUCUUUAAGUAGCAAUUUGCUGCCAUUUGUAUUGGGCUGAAGAAAUCACUAUUGUGUAUAUAUACUCAAGUCUUUUUAUUUUUCCUCUUUUCAUAAAUGCUCUUGGACAUUAUUGGGCUUGCAGAGUUCCCUUAUUCUGGGGGUUACAAUGCUUUUAUCGUUUCAGGCUUCAUUUUAGCUUCAAAACAAGCUGGGCACACUGUUAAAUCAUGAUUUUGCAGAACCUUUGGUUUUGGACAGUUUCAUUUUUUUUUUUUUGGAUUUGGGAUAGAAUACAUAGGAGUAUGGAGUAUGCUGUAAAUAAAAAUACAAGCUAGUGCUUUGUCUUAGUAGUUUGAAGAAAUUAAAGCAAACAAAUUUAAGUUUUCUUGUAUUGAAAAUAACCUAUGAUUGUAUGUUUUGCAUUCCUAGAAAUAGGUUAACUGUGUUUUUAAAUUGUUAUAACCUCACACGUUUUUGAAAUCUGCCCUACAAAAUUUGUUUGGCUUAAACGUCAAAGCCGUGACAAUUUGUUCUUUGAUGUGAUUGUAUUUCCAAUUUCUUGUUCAUGUAAGAUUUCAAUAAAACUCAAAAAUCUAUUCAAAACA